CUCAUUUAUCUGUCAAAUAUUUUCACUUAUUUUACUUUGUUUCUCUCGUACAAGAAAAUAUGCAGUAACUUGAUCAAGUUUCUUCAACUAUUUUAAUUUCUACUUCAUUCAAAGAAUUUAAUUUACCAUUUUCUUAUAUUAUUAUAUCAUUCAACCAACCUUAUCCUCAUAACCUAAGUACUUGAUCAAGACGACUGAAAUAGGGUCUGUCACAAUAUAAAGCCACAUACUAAUUCACCCCAUUUGAGCCUUUGAGUUAUCCAUUCAUCGUUGAACAUGGCGAAUGAAAAAAAUCUCCCUCUUUAUGAUAAAAUUUGGGUGAAGCACACGUUUUCAAGAACAAUGGAUUCCUUGAUUUUGCUCCUCCUCUUCCUGCUUCUCGGUUAUCGUAUUUUCCAUGAUGACAGCAACACCUUCUCUUUCUUCGUUGCUGUCAUAUGCGAAUCAUGGUUCACUUUCGUUUGGAUUCUCGUCAUCAACACCAAAUGGUCUCCUGCAUAUACCAGAACCUACAUAGAUCGUCUCUUGCUUCGGAUACCCGAGCCUGAGCUUCCAUCAGUUGACCUAUUUGUGACAACAGCGGACCCUGUUCUUGAGCCACCUAUCAUCACAAUCAACACUGUCUUAUCUCUCUUGGCACUUGAUUAUCCUACCAACAAGCUGGCUUGCUAUGUUUCUGAUGAUGGAUGCUCCCCUCUUAACUUCUAUGCCCUUCUCGAAGCUUCUAAGUUUGCCAAGCUUUGGGUACCCUUCUGUAAGAACUACAACAUUCAACUUAGAGUGCCCUUCAGAUACUUCUCUAACAACACCAACCCUGCAAACAAUGAACAUUCACCAGAAUUUAUUCAAGACUGGCGAAGACUCAAGAAGGAGUAUGAGGACCUUUGCAGUAAAAUUAUAAAAGCAUCACAAAAUUCGAUUCCACUUACAGGAGAAUUUGCUAUCUUCUCCAAUACACAACUUAGAAACCAUCCAACUAUAAUUAAGGUAAUAUGCGAAAACAAAGGUCUUUCAGACGAGUUGCCACACUUAAUCUACAUAUCUAGAGAAAAGAAGCAGGAACAUCCACAUCAUCAUAAAGCUGGUGCCAUGAAUGUGUUGACAAGAAUUUCUGGAGUGAUGACAAAUGCUCCUUUUAUNCUCAACGUUGAUUGUGACAUGUAUGUUCANAAUCCAAAGAUUGUCCAACACGCCCUCUGCAUUUUACUAGAUUCAAANGGAGAGAAAGAAGUUGCAUUNGCACAAUGUAUCCAGCAAUUCUACGAUGGACUNAAGGAUGACCCUUUUGGAAAUCAACUUGUGGCAAAGUUUCUGGUGCGUCNAGUUUCACGACANCUAGCAAAACCCUUAAUAUGANUUGCAAAAAAUAAGAGUUAUAAGAUUGAUUUGAGACAUNCUCCUUUUGUGCAAUGCAGUACCUGNGUGGUGGGNUAGCAGGGAUCCAAGGAAUAUNUUACNNUGGAACAAAUUGCNUGCACAGAAGAAAAGUAAUUUAUGGCCUUUCUCCGGAUCAUCACAUUCGAAAUGGAAAGAAGCAUCAUGACAUCACAGAUGAGAAACUCUCAGAAAA